AUGAAGAGGGACAGGAGCAUUCCUUUACCACUCAGGGUCCGCAAGAGCCUGCGGUGGUGGGCAUCCAGGGAGAAUUUAACCAAACCUACACAGUACCUGCACGAGGAUCCUCUCCAGCUCUUUACGGACGCCAGUCUGGAAGGGUGGGGAGCCACCCUCAACGGGCAGAUGGCCCAGGGACGCUGGUCUGCUCAGGAGUCGAAUCUUCACAUCAAUGUCCUGGAGCUAAGAGCUGUGAGACUGGCUCUUCUAUUCUUCUCAGCGGACAUUUGCAACCACCACGUCCCAGUCAGGAUGGACAAUACGACUACCAAGGCCCACCUGAACAAACAGGAGGGCACAAGGUCAUCGACGUUACAUCGGGAAGCAGUCAAACUGUUCCGCUGGGCCCAGUUCAAGGUUCUAUCAAUACGAGCGGAACACAUAAAGGGCGCUCUCAACGUGGAGGCCGACUGGCUGAGCAGGCAGCAAGUAAACGAAGGAGAGUGGUCCUUGGACCAGGACUCCUUUCGUCUCAUCACUCAAAAAUUUGGUCUUCCAGAGGUCGAUUUGUUCACCUCGUCAGACAAUUCCAAACUUCCAAGAUUCUUCUCGAGAUUCUUCCAUCCAGACGCAGAGAGAAUCGAUGCUCUUCUCAGUCCUUGGCCAAGGACUCUGUUGUACGCUUUCCCACCUCUGCCAAUCAUUCCGAAGGUCCUUCGCAAGAUCCAGAUGGAAAAGGCCAAUGUACUCCUGGUGGCCCCGUUUUGGCCUCGCCGUCCAUGCGCCUCUACAACGGCGGCGUUUGACAAACAUUCUCCUGUUGAUGAAAUUUGCCGCGCAGCCACGUGGUCAAGCGUGUCAACAUUUGUCAAGCACUACAAGAUCAGUACAUGGUCAUCUGCACAGGCGGCCUUUGGCCUCAGUAUAUGUCUUUUGUUAAUAGAUGAUGACUUUGAUCAAUUUGAUAAGCCGGGUGCAGAAAGAUCUUGGAGGAGGAGAGCUGGAGAUGAUGACUGGGACAGUGAACUGGAUGACGACUUGCUAGGAGAAGAUUUACUGCCUGGCAAAAAGACUCCAGAUAUGUCAGAUGAAGAACUGAAUGAUGAUCUUUUGCAGAGUGACAAUGAAGAGGAUCAACGUUUCAGUACCCAGGAUGUUUCGGUAAGUCUUAAUACUACAUCUGGCAUGGUUACAUCCUUUGAGCUCUCGGAGGGAGCCAACGAUCCAUCCAUUGAACAAGAUUCAGAAUACGAACAAGGGGAGGAUGAACUGGCUUACAACAAAUCAGACAUGCCUGAAGAAUAUGCUGAAGAGUACACAGAAGAAGGGCAGUAUGAAGGCCCAGAGGCUGAACUAACAGAAGACCAAAUAGAAUAUGGUGAAGAUCAGGGAGAAGAAGAGAUUUAUAAUGAUGAAGUGCUAGAUCUUGAAAUCAAUGAACCGCUAGAUGAAUUUCCAGAUGAAGAUUAUAUGCAGUCUUAUGGUGAGCAGCAAGUAAUGGAAGAACAAGAAGAAUACGUAGCUGAAGAAGAAUUGGGAGAAGUUGCUGACACCCAGACACCUGCAAAUGAAUCGGAAGAGGCAGUUAUGGAUAAUCUGGAACUUCAAGAGGAACCCAAAGAAGAGUCUGAUGAGGAAGAUGAUGAUGAUGAAGAGUCUGGUCGAUUACGCUUCAAAACUGAACGGAAGGAAGGAACAAUCAUUAGGCUAUCAGAUGUCACAAGAGAACGAAGAAACAUUCCAGAAACCUUGGAACUUUCCGCAGAAGCCAAAGCAGCAUUACUUGAAUUCGAAGAGCGGGAACGGCAGCAUAAGCAGGGGCGCUAUGGCUCGAGAAGAGGAGGAAGGCGAGGAGGGCCUUUGAUGUGUUAUGGAAUGGGAGAACAAAGAAGAGACCACGAACGGGGCAGACUGAAGGAUCACCGGCCUGCGCUGCUGGCAACCCAACCAACCGUUACGUCUCAUUCACAACGGAUGUUUCCUCAUCAACAGCCCAUCAGGAAUCUGUUCCAGCAGCAGCAGCAGCAGCCACCGUUGCAGGGUCUGCUUCCGAUACCCCCCCAGCAUCAUACACCCCCGCCUCCCCCUCAAGGGAUGCAUCUGCCACCACAGCUAGAAACUCCAAGGAUACUCAUGACUCCUCCUCCAGCAACCUCUCAGCAGCCAAAGAAUAUACACAUCAACCCACACUUCAAAGGGACUGUUGUAACUCCCGUACAAGUGCCCUUGCUGCCAGUCCCAACCCAGCCAAGACCUGCCGUAGGACCCCAGAGAUUUCCCGGACCUCCUGAUUUUCAGCAGAACCCUCCUGGACCUGUCCCUACCAACUUCAAUCAACCCCCCAGACUCCCACUCCAGGAUCAGUGGCGAGGGCCUCCGCCACCACCCCCACCGAUGCCGCCCCCACCUCCGCAGGACAGAGAGCCCUUCUUCAUGGGAGAGCCAAGGUUUCCCAGCCAUCACUUAUUCGAGCAACGGAGUCCUCCGCCGCCGCCCCCACCUCCUCCCCUUCUCAACAGCAGCCACCCCGUUCCCGGCCAGAAUCCGCUCCCUUUCAGUCAGCCCGGGCCAGGCUUUAGUCAGCAGGGGCAGCAACCCGUCUUUCCCAGAGAGAGGCUGGUCAGGCCAAACAUGCAGCCCCAGGGCCACGUGGGAGUUCUUCACUUCAAUCAGCCCGGCGGAGGGAGCGCGCGGCAGUUCCUUCCUCCCAGGCAGCCGUUCCUGCAGGCCCCAGGGCAGCCCUUCCUGGCAACGCACACCCAGCCCAACAUUCAGGGUCCCUUGCACCCUCCUAUGCAACCGCAGCAUCAGCAGCACCAGCAGCCACAGCAGCACCCCCAGCAUCCGCAGCCGCAUCACCAGCAGCAUCAGCAUCAGCACCAACACCAGCAGCAGCACCACCUUCUGGCCGUGCCUCCCCAGCCUCUGAUUCCUGUUGCCCCCUCCCAGUUCAGGCCUCACAUGCAAACUUCCCAGCAGCAGCAAAGCAACAAUCGGAUGCAAUGUCAGCAAAGGCAGGGUCUGAUAAAGCCCAGACACAAUGCCCCAGCACAGAAUAUCGUCAAGCGUCCAAAUCAGCAACUCCAGACGGGAGCUCCGAGGAACAGCAACUUGCGUGAACUGCCCAUAGCGCCGCUGCACGCGAUCGAGGCUGCGAGCAACCGCCGGACCUCAGCACCUGCCGCCCAAGUGAAACCCAUUCCCAGUGCCACUCCCCCCGUGAGGCCUGCCACAGGUGUCAAGAACCAGCAGGGAAGGUCAGAGGUGAAACCGCGAGCUGCUGCUCCCAUGGCCCAACCUAAAGCGGAGGUGAAAUCUGAGCCAGAGUUUCCAGAUGAAGAUGAAGAAACCAGGCUCUACCGCCUGAAGAUAGAAGAGCAGAAACGGCUGAGAGAAGAGAUCCUGAAGCAGAAGGAGGUCAGGCGGCAGCUUCAGGCCGGUGCUCGAAAGAGAGAAUUGCUGGAAAGGUUGGCGCAGCAGCAGCAGCAACAGUCUUCUUCUACGCAGCAGCAGGAGGAGGAGGAGGAGUCGUCACAGUUGCCCACCAAUGGAAACCCUUUGCUUCCCCUUCCUGGUGCACCACCCCGCCAAAACGUGAAACAUAGGCUGAUGGUUAAAAAGCCGGACCCAGUAGUUCCGAAUCCCGCUCCUGCUCAGCCUAAGCCCACUAACGUUCUGCAGGCUGAGGACAAUGUGCCAUUUCAAGGGCAGCAAAUAAAAACUGUAAAGCAGCUAAGACAGACUAGGACAGUGCCAGAAAGCGAGCUCCAGCUGCUGCACAAAGGGUUGCAGACAAAGCCAGCUGCGGCGCAUAUGAACCCUUCUCAGAUUGCCCGGGUGGCAUCGGUGCAAGGCCAGCCUCAGGAACUGAAGCCUGGGGUGAAAAGAACUGUCAUGCAGCGGGCAAACAGUGGUAGUGGAGAUGGGCCCCAUGUCGGCACCAAAGUCAGGGUGAUUAAAUUGUCAGGAGGGGGUGGCGAGAACGUUGGCCUUUCUCACCCAGAGGGGCCUCCCCACCGGUUCCAGCAGCCACCAGAGCAGAGACAUCAGCCGGUGCGGAAAGUCACGUUGACGAAGGGAACAAUCCAACAGCCGCAUCAUCCCUAUCCACACCACCUGGCACAGAUUCACUCAGCGGUUCCUCAGGGGCUGAAAAAUAUCCAGGGGAUUCAUCAAGCUAAAAAGGUCAUUAUGCACGGGAGAGGCAGAGGCAUGGGGGGCCAGAUGGGCCGAGGCCGCAUGAUGCCGAAUAAACAGAACCUGCGAGUGGUGGAGUGCAAACCUCAGCCCUGCGUCGUGUCAGUUGAAGGGCUUUCUUCGUCAACCACGGACGUCCAACUGAAGAACCUGCUGAUGUCAGUAGGACCCAUUCAGAGUUUACAGAUGCUUCCUCAACAGCGGAAGGCCAUUGCAAAAUUUAAAGAGCCAGCAGACGCUUUAAAAUUUCAACAGAAGUUUCACAGGCACAUGAUAGAUUUGUCCCACAUCAACGUGGCACUGAUAGUGGAGUGACCUGCUGAAGGUG